CUCUCUCUCUCUCUCUCUCUCUCUCUGUCAGUAGAGCACGAGCGCGGUUUUUGUGCAUGCACUCCUAAUUAGAAUUACGUCAAAGCGUUUAAACCGGUGCAGGUGCAUCAAGGAGAGCGCGCGCGAGAACAAGGGAAACGCGCGCGUGCCUGUUUUCUCAUCUAUCGCUCGCUUACGCACGCACACACACACACGCGCGCGCGCGCGCACACACAUACACACACAUAUACAGGCGCUUAAACGGAGGGGGAGAAAAAAGAGAGUCGGUCAGUCCGUCAGCGCCACAGAAGAACAAGAGCUGCAGUUUACAUGCAUGUGCGUGUCAGCGGUCGGCAGGCGAACGUGUAAACCGCAGCGUGGGAAAGCUCGGUGCUCUCCGGGGAUCUGAAGUACAGUCCCAGGCAGCUGUAACACUCUCGUAUCUGUGCUCCUCCGGUGUGCGCCAUGGCUCAGGAGAACGGAGACACCGCCAAAGACUCGUGGAAAAAGCAAGUGAACGACAUCAAGCAGCUAUUCGAAUUCAAGGAGGUUCUCGGGACGGGAGCAUUCUCCGAAGUGGUCCUGGCCCAGGAGAAGGCCACAGGGAAGAUGUUUGCUGUUAAGUGCAUCCCUAAAAAGGCCUUGAAGGGGAAGGAGAGCAGCAUUGAGAAUGAGAUUGCCGUGCUACGCAAGAUCAAGCAUGAGAACAUUGUGGCCCUGGAAGAUAUUUACGAAAGCUCCGAUUACCUGUACCUGAUAAUGCAACUGGUUUCAGGAGGAGAGCUGUUUGACCGGAUCGUUGAGAAGGGCUUCUACACAGAGAAGGAUGCCAGCACACUCAUCAGACAAGUCCUGGAUGCGGUUAACUACCUGCACAGUAUGGGCAUCGUCCACCGAGACCUGAAGCCCGAGAAUCUUCUUUAUUUCAACCCUCAAGACGGCUCGAAGAUCAUGAUCAGCGAUUUCGGCCUUUCGAAGAUGGAGGGCACGGGUGAUGUCAUGUCCACUGCCUGUGGCACACCGGGAUACGUCGCUCCCGAGGUGCUCGCUCAGAAGCCAUACAGUAAAGCUGUGGAUUGCUGGUCCAUCGGAGUCAUCGCAUACAUCCUGCUGUGUGGAUAUCCACCCUUUUACGACGAGAACGACUCCAAACUCUUCGAGCAGAUCCUGAAAGCCGAUUACGAGUUCGACGCACCUUAUUGGGACGAUAUAUCUGAUUCAGCCAAGGACUUCAUCAGCAGUUUGAUGGAGAAAGACCCGGCUAAGCGCUUCACCUGUGAGCAGUCUCUCCGUCACCCCUGGAUCGCCGGAGACACGGCCCUCUGCAAGAACAUCCAUGAAUCCGUCAGCCGUCAAAUGCGUAAAAACUUUGCUAAGAGCAAGUGGAGGCAAGCCUUUAACGCUACGGCGGUGGUGAGGCACAUGAGGAAGCUGCAGCUGGGCAGUAGUAUGGGCGCCAGCAUGGACAGCACUCAUCCGAACAGCAGCGCCCAGAGCCGAGGCCAUGCAGUGAAGCAGCAGACGACACCACCGAUCCAGAACCAAACCCCGAACCCGCCUCUUAACCUCAGCCAAAACCAGAAACCUGCUCCAAGCCAGAACCAGUAUCAUAUCAACAACAUGUCUACAGAGUCUCCUGCUAAAACACGCAAAGACUGUACAGCACCUCCUCAUGCUUCCUGUUCUUUGGCGUCUGCAGCCGCAUCCCCAGCUCCGGGGGCGGAGCCUUGCAGGCCACACCCCUCCUCAGUUGCCUCGGUGAGCACUGUGUUAACUGGGACCAAGUGACGCCAGGUCCUGCGGGGGGAGAGCUGGGAGGCCACGGCCCUGUAAGCCACGCCUCUCAGACCACCCCCCGCCCUGCCUUGAGGACAGGCAGAGGACUCGCCCGCCCACUGGUCGCCAUAAUUAACCAUUGAGAGACUCAACACUGCACGCCACUUACUCACACCACGACUCGUCCUGCUACUCGUACCCCACAUCAUCAGGGGCACGACACGCAGACAGGAUGAAGAGUUUGAAUUCACUUAUGAGUGGAUUUUCAUAGCUGGACUUGAGUCUUUUAUGAGAAUAAUAGCGUGUUGUGUUUUAUCCUUCGGUUACGACUCGGGGGAAAAAAGGACUUCCGGACGACAGGAACGUGCGGGAGCGUACGUGAAGCGUGACUGCCUCGAGAACCUUCGGGCAGAACCAAUGUCAUAUAGUUCUUCUUAUGCUACAUCUCUAAGCUCUUCCCCUCGUAUUCUCUCUCUGUUUUUUUUCCCCUCCUCUCACACUUCUGACACUUCCUAUAAGCUGUGUUUGAGUUGACGAGAUUUUUGCGGUUUUAUUUCUAGACUUUAUAGCCGUUCUCCGGUUUUCAAGUUUUCUAUGAUCUGUCUGGCAGACCUGCAGAAGUGCUUUAUAAAAACACUCACGUUAGACUGUUCCGAACUGUUAUUCUGGCUCCAAGUUGUACGUGUUUGCAUUUGGAUGCUCCAUAGCUACUGACUGGUUUGCUGUAGUCCUGCGGUGUUGGAUGGAGAGUAGAACGUUUGUUACCGCAUCACAAAUUCAUCAUCCCAAUAUUUGCCUCAAAUAUGAUUUUUCUAUUUUAUUACAUGAAUUCAUACACCCAAGUAAUGAUGAUACAUGAUAGUAACACUGUUAUAGGCUAUCGUUUUCUCAGUCUAGCUAUCUCACAUUUACACACACACACACACACUGAAAACCCCUGAAAAGCCAUGGCAGCGUUGCUUUAUGCCCAGUGUACGAGUUCUCAGGGAAUUCCACAGAUACACUGGAUGCACAUCAUCAUGACCAUAUAAGUGAAAAUUCUUCCAUGUUUUAGGUCAGACAGAGACCCCUUAGCCAGACUAGAGCCCUUCAUAGAAAUUGUUAGGAUUAUGAUACGUCCUGUGCACCAUCAUCCGCCAUCAUAUCAAGCUGUCUCUACCAAAGGUCCAAGUCAGACAGCGAGUGUAUGUGCUAGGGCUGCCCCCCUAUUCACCCUUAGUCAACUAGAUGCUUUGAUUUAUUCAUCAUUUAUGCACUUGUUUUUAAUUUACAUUAAUUAUAUAGUUAGAGCUGUGGAUGGUUGGAAUAUUAGCUACUAAACUGUCCAAAACAUGCGUUUGGCACUGAAAGAUGGAUGCAAAUCUCAUGAGAGUUUCAGGAAAAACAAAAAAAACCUUGGACGCACUUUUUUUUUCGUGAACCAUUGUGAUGUCUGAAACGAUGGAACGUGAAUUCUGCAAAAGUCUGAAAACAAUGUCCAACACUUAAAGUUAAGCUUAGGUUAGUUUUAAACUAAAAAUAUUUGUGGGAGAAUGAAAUUACUAUAUAU